AGAGUCUCUGGGUGCACGCCCAGGCUCUGUCGCAGCCGGCCGCAACCGGGAGGUCCGUAGGGCGACGCACAAUUGGCAUAGCGUCGUCCGGGUUAGGGAGGGUUUGGCCGGUAGGGAUAUCCUUGUCUCAGUAUGUAAAUGUAAUAAAAUGUAUGCAGUUAAAUAUAGAGAUAAUACAUUGUGUUCUUCCUGUAUAGGUAGACUAAACAAUGGUAAUAGUGCUAUUGGUGUUCAAUCAAUACCUUAUAAAUGGAUUAUACCUAGUAGGCCUAUGAGAUCAUUAUUUUAUUGAGUUGCAGGCUAGCCUAUUUGUUUUAUGUAGGCUAGUUUUCGCCUUUAUUUAAAUACAAUUUAGAAUGAGAUUAAUUCAGAUAACCAAGACAUGUGAUACAACUAAUUAUAUGAAUAUGAAUGAAUGUUCAUGGUUAUUAUGUUAAAGCAGACAAAAAUACAUGCUCCGUUUAUAACGUUCAUGACUGUGGCCAAGGACCGCUGCGCAGAGAGUGCGUCAAAAUACGCACUCUGCGCUGACGCUCCGCACAAAUCAAAUCGUUUGCCACAGAAGGAAGGAAACUGAAGAGCUGGUUUACCUUAAACUUGUUCUAUGAAUUUGGUCUGUACAGGCUAGUAGCUACAUUUAUUCACGGGGCUUAUCUUCAGUUUGCCAAAGCGUUAGGUUUUAACUGUAAAAGGUUGCGCGUGCAAGACAAGGAAUUCCAUAAAUUAUUUUCCCGUUGAGAUGGGGUUGUUUGAUUAGAUUGUGACGGUAUGCGGACAGGAAUUAUAAUUUGAACAUCGUAUCCGAGAGGAUUUGUCUUAGCUUGGCACCUGAGGAAUGAUUCGAAUCCAAUCAAAACGUCGUCGUUGAAUUCCAUGUGAUGCGUGUCUUUCAGCAGGUGUCAGGGUUCCCACAUGGCCAUAUUCCCACGUUACAGCGCUUGUUUAUGGAAGACAGAAUGGACUACCUGUGCUAAUUAGAUAUCUGUCUCCAAACGUGUGAACGGAAGACAGAUGCCACAAACGUUUUGCCACUGAAAAAUACUGUAAGCUGCAACUGUGUUAUUACCGGUUUAAACAGUGUACACAAUUGGAGAUUUAGUUCAUUGUAGUGGCUCCAGCUGAGAAGAACCACUCAGGCACUGAUACACCGAAGUGAUCAGGUUUUCCCUGAUCAGAAUUCUGCUUUGGAGAUGGAGGUGAUUCGUCGCUCCUCUGUGUUCGCAGCCGGGGUGAUGGAAGCCUUUGACCAUUCCCCGUCCGACAAAGAACUGGUGUCCCAGUCCAAGGCGCUGUGUAGGGACUACAUACACUCUAGGCUCAACAUCUAUGGGCUGGGCUCGUCCAAAACUCAGGUGGACUCAACGCUUUGUGAGGUGUCUGCUGUGCUUCUCUGUCUCGGUGAUGAGCUGGAGUGCAUGCGGCCGAGUGUCUACCGGAACGUGGCGAGACAGCUCAACAUCUCAGUGGCCAUGGAGACCACGGUGUCCGAUGCCUUUGUUGCCGUGGCAACCGAUAUCUUUUCUGCAGAACACGAUUUCAUAUCCAUGAGGAGGAUGAGCUGGCCAAUCAUCCGUGUAGAGGAGGAUGAGCUGUCCAAUCAAUGGUCUACUUGCGUGAUUAUUUUUAAUGACCGGUAUACGCCCAUACCAUUCUGUUGUUGGGGCAUCACAUGGGGUAAGGUAGUAUCUAUGUAUGCCGUGGCCGGCGCUCUGGCGGUGGACUGUGUACGUCAGAACCAGCCUGCUACGGUCCAAACCAUAGUGGACAGUCUGGGUCAGUUUGUCCGCAAGAACCUGGCCCCUUGGCUGAAGAAACGUGGAGGAUGGACCGACAUUAAGAAAUGUGUGGUGAAGUUAGAUGCCGUUCCUCAGACCCAUUGGCUGUCUCCAGUUGCCGAAUCCUGCAAGCACUUUCUGUCAACACUGUACAUCUACAUUAUGAAGGAGCCAUGAAGGAAUUGGGAGAAGAACUGUGGUUGAAAGGACAAGAGUUUCAAGUCCUUGAACUUGAAGGCUCUGUGCUUCAGAUGAAAUAGACCUCAGACAUCCUCUAACUUUCUGAUGGAACACAUUUUCUUAAAUUGGUGAUGGCCAUCUAAACAGUGACUCUCCUUCGUGCAGAGUACAAGUCACAGUAUCACAUUUUGUAUAAUCAUCAUCAAUUUAAUCAACAAUGACUGCUCUUGUAAUCUGAGUAAUCUCAGAUUACCCAGAAGUAAUCUUCUCGCGUACGUUUUCACUUCCCGGCCAUGAGAGAUUAUACAAAGUUUAGUCACAGGCAAUUUCAUAUACACAUAUCUUCAGUUCAGAUGAUCAACGUUUGUUCAAAGUACUUGUACAGAACCAUGUAUCUUUCAGUGUUGUAGUGUAGUUUCCGCAACCAUGUUGCAGUGAGUAUGUGUACUGUGGUAGGUGCUCAAAUCUCUGAAGUAAGAUCCAGUCUGAUGAUAACUAUAGAAUAUCAUCUGGGACUUUACACUGAAUAAAUGGACAAAGUGAUAGCAUCUGUUCUAUGGACAAGGAUUUGCUGCUUUUUGCUGCACCCCUGUGGAGGACAUAUGAAAUGUAUGAUGAGUUACUACUUUGUUGUGAUGGGAUGCAACAGUCCAUCCAGGCUUUGUCCACACUGUACAGUGCUGUUGAUCUCAGGGGUGUAUUCACUAGGAAGCAAACGGGCAGGAACGGGGAGGGAUCUACCUUGCAUUUGUCCAAUAAGAAACACUUUUGUUGCAAAAUGUUUUGCUACAGUGUGCACUAAUGAGUACACCCCAGUUGAACACCCAUCAAUUUGUACCAUUGAGUACAAAAGACAGAAUGAUCCCUAUUCUAUUUCUUUUAGCCUUUUUAGAUACUAAUGUAUUUUAUUGGGAAACUGUAGUGAUGAUGAAUGAAUCUGUAUCUCUUUACAGCAUCUUUCCUGUGGUCACUUGCAGUAUUUACUUAAAGGUCCAAUGCAGCAAUUUUUAUCUCAAUAUCAAAUCAUUUCUGGAUAACAUUUUAGUUCCUUAUUGUGAUUAUUUUAAAUUUUAAAUUGUCAAAAUUAAACAGCUUCUUAGCAAAGAGCAAUUCCUCAAGCAAAACUGUUGCUGUCUGGUAGUGGUCUGAGUGGGGAGAGGAAAACUAGUUGUUAUUGGCAGAGAGGUUUGUAACUUUUAUUUGUUUAUUAACUAAUUUACUGCCUGGUGACGAUACCAGGCAGGCCAAAACUCCAUCCCCCCAAAACAGCCUGACAUUUCAGGUAGUCUUUUCAAACUAAAAAAGUGCAGUAUCAUAAUUUUCACAAUUUCACAGUGUUAUUCCAACCUCAGUGUCAAAAUAUAUAUAACGCACAGGAAAAUCUAAUUAUUGACAGCACUGGGCCUUUAAUAUUGAGCUUUUAUAUGCAAAAUAAACGUAACACUAUCGAGAUAAUGGUGUUGUAAACAGAGGAGCAAAAUCAUCACAAUUAGAUCAUUUUAAUUGUUCAAAUCAAUCAAAUUUUAUUGGUCACAUACACGUGGCUAGCAGAUGUUAAUGCGAGUGUAGCGAAAUGCUUGUAAACAUGAAUACAUUAAAAAAAACAAAUAACUGCCUAGUUUUCUAAGGACCGACAUCUCUGUCAGCGUCAUCAAGAAGUUACAUUUGUUUUUAUUCAACAGAUCCAUUGGGGUUCAAUACAGCCUUUGUGGGAAGACACAACUUGAUUUAUGGUAGCAAUAAAUUAAGUGCGUCAUACUGAACUCAUACAAUACGUUGUUUUUUCUUCAAAUGUUACUCUCACGCAUUCCCCAUGAGACACAUGCAUUGGAUCCUCUUAUCUCACACAUUGAAAAGUACUGCUUUCAUUUUUCUUAUUAGUCCAUUGUUUAGUCAGUGUGUUAUUUUCUCAACUGUACUCCAAAUUGUAUUGAAAUCGGGGGCAUCUGCGCCUGCAAUUUACCAUCACGAGCCAACCUGGUCUCAGCGCAUUUCAUAUUAUUCUGUAGAAAGAAGACCAGUAGACAGCCGGUACGUUGCGAUAAACUUUAGUGAACUAUUAACAAAAUAUAUUUACAAAAUAAUACAUAUGGGAACAGUCAGCCGAGAGCAUCAGGACGCACAACUGCAACGCGUUUUGACUACUAGAGUCUUAGUCGGGCAGCGUUGUGGACGGAAGCUGACGUGUCUCUAGAAAUAGAGGUGGGGACAGGUAAACGUCACAUGACAAGUAAACUACAUGAAAAACACCUACAACAAUAUCACGUCAGCGUAUAGAGGCAACAUGAGAAAUAUGACAAAUAAAUGCAACAUGAAAAAUUGUGCACAGGAAUGUAUACAAAGAAUGUGCGUAAAUGGAUACUCUAACAGAGUUGCCUGCGUAAAAGACAGAUUAUGCACUGGUGCAUAAAAUUCAUGGCAUAAAAACACAGGAAGCACACCAUGGCGGUAAUCAGAAACUCAUCAGAGCAAGCAAUUACACAAAAGGCUACACAGUGUAUUCAGAAAGUAUUCAGGCCCCUUGACUUUUACCACAUUUUGUUACCUUACAGCCUUAUUCUAAAAAUGAUGAAAUAUUUUUUUCCCCUCAUCAAUCUGCACACAAUACCCCAUAAUGAAAAAGCGAAAACAGGUUUUUAGAAUAAUUGGCAAAAAAAUAAUGUAAUAAAAAAAAUACAUAUUGCGAUGAGACUUGAAAUUGAGCUCAGUUGCAUCCUGUUUCCAUUGAUCAUCCUUGAGAUGUUUCUACAACUUGAUUGGAGUCCACCUGUGGUAUAUAUUGUAUUAUUGACUGUAUGUUUGCUUAUUCCAUGUGUAACUCUGUGUUGUUGUAUGUGUCGAACUGCUUUGCAUUAUCUUGGCCAGGUCGCAGUUGUAAAGGAGAACUUGUUCUGGGCUACCUGGUUAAAUAAAGGUCAAAUAAAAUCAAUUAAAAAUAUA